CAGAGAGGGGCAAUACUGGAAUUCCACAAUUAGAUAUUCCUAGUAAAGAGUAGGGGUGGGCACGUGGGUGGUUAAUCCGCGGAUUGAUAUCGAUCCACACACAAAUAACCCGACUCACACACAGUGGGUGAUUGAUGUCGGUGAAUUGUGGAUUGAUAAAUCUCCACCUACACUUAUGUGGGUGGGUGGUGGGUGGAUUGCGAGUUACCGAUAUGAUCUGCAUCUUAUUUUUACAUGGAAAAAUGUUGUUUCUUAUAAUAUCAAAUAUUCAUCAUAUUUUCGAACUGCACUACAGUCUGACCAUAUACUUCAAAAGGCGGAGAAUAAAGAAUAUUUUUUACUACUAACGGUUAUUGUGUUGUGCAAUAUCUAUUGGAUAUUGGUAUGCAAAUUAUUAUUAAUAUCAAUUAAAUAUUGAGAUACAAACUAUAAAUUAUUAAUUGUACCAAAAUCACAAAUUAUUGAUACGGGCUUACAAAUUUGUUUUGAACUUAUUAUAAAUGUUACACUAUGUUUGGCAACAAAGGGGUGCAAGUUGAAGGGUGCAAGUUGAGGGGUAAAUUGUUUGGGGUGCAACUUGGUGGAGGGUGUAAGUGGAGUGGUAAAUUGUUGUUUGGAUGAAAAAGUAGGGGGUGCAAAUAGAGUGAAAAGUAAGUAAUUAUAUUAUUAUAAAAUAGAUUUAUCAUAUUUAUAAAAUAUUAUCAUAAAAUAAUAAAAUGAAAAAUCAAUAUAUAAUAAUAAAUAUUAAUAAUUAUAUUUUUAAUAAAAUAAUUAUUAUAUAAUAAUGCUCAAAUAUAAUUAUUUAUAACAACAAUAAUAAUCAUUGGUCGAGCAACCUCGAAACUCGAAAUCCAACUCGUAUCUGGUCAUCAUAAGAGGGUUCUCGUGCCUAACUUUAAAUUGAAUAUGGUCAAACUUAGUCAAACACGUUCGAAUCUGUAAGUUUUAACUAUUUAUUAAAGUAAAUCGAGUCAACUAAACUGUUCCUCUCUAUCUUUUCAACAAACACUUUUAUCUCUAAUUUUCAAUGCAAAUUUGGGUCAAUCAAGAGAUAUCGAUUUGACUAUACGAACAUUGACAAACUUACUCUCGGAGUCAAACAGCCAACCUCAAACAACUUCUACAUUAAUAUAGAUAAAAAAAGUAGGGCUAAUACCACCGAAAAUACCAACCUUUAGCGAAAGUGCCAUUUAUAUUACGUAAUUAUCGAUAUGACAUUUGUAUACCAAAAUGUAUAUUCCGUUAGUUGGGCCGUUAAAUUUAACUGUGAAACUUUUCAACGUCCAGUCAUCACCUAAUAGGAUCCUACGUGGUUCGCUGUUUAAAAUAUAAAAAACAAAAAUAUAUAUAUGCAAAAACAAGGAGGCCCUAGUAACACAUUCAUUUUGUUCUCAUCUUUUCCUCUUCGUCACUCUCGAUUACGAAUAGAGGAAGAACCCUAGAAAAAGAAUUUCUCAAAAUCGACGAGGUGGGUGGAAUCAAUCGACAAUCAAGUGGAGUGGAGGGGGAGUUGGAGGCGAUCGAGCUGAUUCCGAGGUCAAGCAUGAGGGGGGCUUCUGCUACUUCUUUCAGGAGGCGACAUCGACCGAGACGAAUUAGCUUCCCAGUUGUUGAAUCCACGGCUUUCAUUAAUCCAGCAGUAAUUGAAGUUACAACUAGUCCAACAAAUGCUGAGGUCGCCACCGCUGCUGCUCCUCCCGCAACGCCGUCUUCUCCGUCGUCCAUUGCAGGGGAGAAAUUCGCCGGCAAAACUGACCCACCUACUCUCAAAAAACAAGAUCUGCUGGUUGCAGAAAUUAGCAGCGGCGGUUAUCGAUUUGAUGCGAUCGAUUAUUGAGAAGACGGGGAAUUGGUUUCCGAGCAUCCCGACGCCGUUCAUCAAUUAAGCAGGGUCCGAUCAUUUGACUGCAGAAGCAACUCGACUAAGAAGAGGAAAUCAAUUGCCACGAUGUGUGCCAGAUCUGGGUCUGAGAUGUCCACGUGGGCGUCGUAAUUUGCUCGAAUGGUCGGGAGUAGGGGAGUCACGAUCUGUUCGGUGAACGAACAGAUAUUGUCGCCGCCGACGGGGAAAUCGAGCCGGCGGAGGCUCUGUUCUGCAAACCGGCGCUUCAUUGAUGUUGUUAUUGAUCUGGUGUACUGAAACUGAUGGUGGAAUAAUGGUCGGGUGAGAGUAGGGGUGAGAAUACAGGUGGGAAGAUUGGAGGGCGAACUGGAUCUCACAAUCUCCACCCCCAAACCCUAAUCCCCAAAUUGCGUUGGGCAUUCUACUCAACGAACGAGUGAUGGAGAUUAGAGAGGGGAACAGGUGAGAAAAUAUAAUAAAAAUAAAUUUAUUAAAAAAAUUAAUUAAUUAAUUAUAUAUUUUAUUUUAAAUGUUAAAUCUAAUUUCCCACGUGGCAUCUACGUGUUGCAUAUGUGGACCACACAUAGGCGCCACUUCAUCAGUGUUCAGUCAAAGGUUGACUGCCGUUAGGUCAACCGUUAGUUCUAACGGUCAACAGAAAUUUACGUAACAAUUGACGCAAACAUCUAAUAGGUUGGAAUAUUUUUGUAUUUAUUGAAUUUACGUAAUAUAAAUGACACUUUUACUAAAGGUUGGUAUUUCCAGUGGUAUUAGCCCAAAAAAUUAAUAAUAUUAAUCAUUAUGUAAUUAUAAUCUAAUUAAAAAUCCAUAAUUCACAUCCUGAUCCCCCUCCCCCCUUCCUUCCUUACUUUCCUUGCACCCCAAUUUGGGGGUAACCCGAAAUAGUGAAUUUACGCUCACGUUUUGCACCCCCUACUGUUACAAAAUAACCAAAUGAGGGUAAAUACCUUGAAAUUUGUGUUUAUCCCCCAAGCUUGCACCCCCUUCCAUCUGCACCCCUUCCCAAACAUAAUGUUAGUAAACUUUCAUAAUGACUAGUUGGAGAAUUGCUUUUGUGGAUUGACUCGCGAACCACCCGCACCCAUCCGCCACCCACCCAACUCAACUCACAGAAGUAUGUGAAUAGAUUAUAAGUUACAAUUAUUUCAACUCACUAGUAAGCGAUUGAUCAUUCUAAGAUCAAAACCCACCCCACCCCACCCGCCCAACCCCAUUGUUCACCUAGGGGACUAGAUACUAUGACAACACUCCUUGUGUUGUUAUUAUAACAACACUAGUAUCCAACCAAUAGGAAGCUAGGGUUGUAAUGACUUUUUAUUAGAUGAGUUGACCUAGUGUAAAAUCAUAGCAGGGGUAUAAUUGUCAUUAUGAAAAAUAUGUUUAAAGUAUAAAAUAAAAAAUAAAAAAAUAUUUUUUAUUUUCGGCCCAAAAUUUCGGUUGCCGGAAUUCUGCCACCGGUCGCCGAAAAAUGGGCGCUGGUCACCGGAAUAUGCUUUUUGUCGUCGGAAUAUGCUAUUAUGUCAUCGGAAUAUGCCACCGUCGCCGGAAUAUGCUCACCGCGGUCGGAAUAUGCUUACCGGCGUCGGAAUCUAGUCAUCGGGGACGGAAUAUGCUUAUCGGCGUCGGAAUCUGCUGAUUGACGGUCACCGGAAUUCGGUCAACGACCACCGGAUGUAUGGUCUACAUUGUGAGAUUUAUGUUUUGGUUUCUCAUAUUUUCGUAUGCCUUUUGUGGUUUGCUUUAUCGUGUUUGUGGUUUGCAUUAAGAAGUUUCUGGUUUGCUUUAUCGUGUUUGUGGUUUGCAUUGAGAAGUUUCUGGUUUGCUUUGAAAAUUUUUGUAGUUUGCAUUGAGGGGUUUCUGGUUUGUUUUAAUAUAUUUGUGGUCUGCAU